GGGCUCCCGCUGCCCGCCUCUGGCCGCGGCACCGCUCCGCCGCUGCCCCCCGCGCGCUUUUAUAGCAGCGACGGCGACUCCAAGUCGGAGGAGCGGACGGUGUUCUUGGGGUUCCCCAACCCAUUGAGAUGGCUCCGUACUCGCCUCUAUUUCUUCCUCAUCCGCACCUAUUUCGACCGCGACUUCAGCAUUCACGAGUUCACGCAGGGGGCGAAGCACGCCUUUACUCUUGUUUCAAAGCUAAUCUCUCAGUGUAAAUAUGAUGUAUUGGAAGAGCUUGUAUCAAAAGAGAUGAUUCAGAUGCUAAGGGAGAAGCUCUCUUCGCUCUCUGAAAACCACAGAAAAGCCCUGGCUGCUGAGAUGGAUGAAAUUAUGUUCACAGCAACAGGAGAUGUUGGCAUUUACUAUGAUGACAACGGAAGAAAGUUUGUUAGUAUCCUGAUGUCCUUCUGGUAUCUGAGUAGUGCUGACAUCCCUGACAAGACUCCAGAAGGAGCCAAAGUAUUCCGGAUUGCGCUUAGAGGUGAAAACACACCAAAAACAAGACGACUCUUAUUAGCAAAUUAUGAGUUCCGAAGAGAAUUUACACAGGGCGUGAAACCAGACUGGAUGAUUACAUGGAUUGAACAUCCAAACCUAUUGGAAUAAGUUCACAGAAUGGAGACUUUCAUAUACUAGUAAUAUUUUGGCGUAUCGACAAAUAUUUCAAGAUUUGUAUGCCACAGUACAGAGUGGACUAAUGUUGUGUUUUUUGCCUGAACACAAUCUCUCUGAAGUGUAUAAAUAAUGUCUUUCCCAUCAGACUUGAAAGCGCGGUUUGGACCAGUGUAAUGGGGAGCAUGUAAGGUUGGUGUGAUAAAGAUCUUGGUGUGCUUUGGAAGAAGAUAAUUAAUAGUUAAUAGUUCAUAACUGAACAUUGCAUCUUUUUUCUUCAACCAUCUUCAGAAAGUAGAAUGGGUGUUUUCUGAAAAAUAAGAAAGGCAAAGAAGUGACCUUCCAAAUAUCAGACUUUACCUGACUCCAUUGGUAUAAUUACUUAAUGGCCAAAAUCAAUGUACUUGAUUUUAGGAUCAAGAACAUUAGAAUUAAUACUUAAUUUACUUUUCGAUGCACAUAUUAUCUGUAUCAUUCAACAAUGAAAGUAAAGAUGUUUCAAUAGACUUCAUAUUUAUACCAGAAUUAAGUUUUGUAAUGAAUGUUUUUACUUCAGUGCUUUUUUCAUGUAUAUUUGGUAAUGAAAGUCAAAACUAUAAUAACAAUGAGCAACUUUUAGAUCCAAAAUUGGUAUAGUGAACUUAAUUUCAAUGUGUGGUAGCUUUUGCUAUUUCUUUGUGACACUGCCAGGGCUUGAAUGUAGUUCUUUACGCAUAUAAAAUAUAUAGGUUGACACCUGUUAAGUGGCUAAAAUACCCAAGAUGAAUGUUCUAAGAAAGCAAAAAGAAUCAAAUAAUGCAAGUGUUGCUCCUUUUAUAUAUUUUAAAUGAUGUAUUGAAACUCCCUUUACCAUAAGAUGAUUUGAAUUGAUUCUCUAGGAUUGCAAAAGAUUUUGAGGGUGUUUUGAUUUAAGACCCAAAUGCUCAUGCUUGUGCAUUUUACUGGAAAAGCAUGAUACUGAAUAAAAUAUAUCUAGGAAUGCCUCAGUUAAUGGUGAAAGGAUAGCAGAGCAGCCAAACUGGCCACCCACUUAGCUACUUCCACAGGGAUCAUUGUACUUCUUGUGUAAAUGUCGGGCAUAGUGCCUGGAUGCUAUGAGCUCCUUUCCAUGAGCCAGACAUACUGAUCCUCUUGAUCAGUCAGACCACACUAGAUGAUUUCUUAUCAGUGAGGAACAUUAAUAGCAAAGACACGGUAUGAAACUAUUGCAAAAGAAAGAGCUGAAACAGAUGCCAUCAAUUGCUUCCCCAUUGUGA